AUGGGGUGCGCGCAGUCGAAGAGUGCGCGCGGGCGGCGGCAGCAGCAGCAGCGGGGCAGCAAAGUGCAGCGGGCAGCAGCAGCUUUCGAAAAAGGAGCAGCAAAAGGGCCCACGGAAAGGGAAAAAGCAGCAGCAGCAGAGAAGCAGCAGCAGCAGCAGCAGCUGGAAGGACUCAAGACGAAGUCCAUGAAGCAAAAGAGAAAAAAAGCUGAACAAGAAGUCAAGGAGUGCUUCAAAGACAAGCCCCCCACCGGGGGAGCAGCUCCCGCGGGCCUCCGCCGCUGA